GAGAACUAGAAUUGCCGUCUUCGUUAGUCAUUUAAAAAAUGUUAAAGAAGUUGUUUAUAGUGACUAGUGAAUUACACAAUGUGGACAUUUCGCAAGAAAACAAAAUCUUUAGAAGCAACGCGCCAAAAAAGGAAAAAAUCAUAUGAAAUGGUGUCCGCCUCAGAAAAUCACACGUUCUAUGGGAUGGACAACUACGGCUUACAAGAUUCAAGCUGCAACUCAAAAAGAUUGGGUAGGUCCGUUAGCGUUAAUGUCGACGCUACAAAUCUACACCUUUAUCGGACUCCUACUUCCAACACUAUUUUGCGUUGGAAAAAGGCUACGGAUGAUCCAGAAAACAUUUUCGAAGAAGAGCUUCCCUCAGAUGACUUCGAAUAUAUGGAAUGUGGUCCUUCACCUCCUGCUGAUCACACACCGCAUAUUUACGAGAGCUUUGAAGAAUUUUCAACUAGUGCCGAUCUAACAGUUCAAAUAUGUCACGAUACAAUCAAAACCAAUCUUUUAGAGCACAUGAAGGUAUCUUCCGGCCGGCAUCAACUUUUAGAUGAUAUAGAAAGUAAAAAAAUACAGAAAGAUAAUUUACAAGAUCAUUUUAAAGGUGCUUCCAAGGUAGAAAUUAAUACUGCAUUCUUAUGGGCUGCUUUUAUGAAAAGACAUGAUUUAUUAGAUGGUUUUCUUAAUUUAGGAGCUGACUUGCACUACUUUGAACCGAGUCAAGGACUAAGUGCAAUACAUUUGACCUCGUUUAGUGGAUGUGUGCAAGGAACCAAAUUUCUUAUAGCCAAAGGCUGUGAUGUUAAUGCGCUAUAUAAGUGCUAUAGUCCUUUACAUUGUGCUGCAUUUGGUGAUAGUCCAGAGACAGCUUUAAUACUACUCAACAAUGAUGCUAAUGUCCAAACUCUUACCAAUAGCCCGCACAGUUCCCACGAAAGUGUCUUACAUUGUGCUGUGCGAGCUAAUGCUAUUGCUUGCGUUAAGCUAUUUACUCAAGAAGGUGCUGAUGUUGCCCAAAGUGAAAUCUCAGGAUUUUCCCCGGUUCAUCUAGCUGCUGAUUUGGGUCAUCCACAGUGCUUAAAAAUAUUGCUGGAACCAAAAAAGUUUAAAGUAAAUACAAAAACGAAAGAUAAGGAACAAACUCCUUUGCAUUUGGCAGCUGAAAGUGGUUAUGUUGAUUGUAUAGAGAUUCUUCUUGACAAUGGUGCAGAUGCGAAUAUUAGAAACCAUAGAGCACAAUCCCCCUUACAUCUUGCAGCUAGAGCUCAAGCUUAUGACUGUGUUGAGUUGUUACUAAGGAAAGGUAAUUCUAAUCCUAAUAUGGGAGACUGUGAUAAAAGAACACCUCUACAUUGCGCUGUAGGAAAGGCAGCCCGAUCUUACGACAUCAUAGAAAUUUUAGUGAAUUAUGGUGCAGAUAUUAAUACUAAAGACCAAUAUGGGUAUGCACCUUUACAUAUAGCAGCUCUAAAUGAAUUGUCACAGUGUGUAGAAGUUUUAGUAUAUCAUGGUGCUGAUGUUACAGCUAAAUCAAAGUUUGGUAUGACAGCAUUGGGUAUAAUUACGCGAAAAACUCCAGCUUCUCUAGCAAUGAUAACACAAAAAUUAGAUUCAGCUAUAACUUUACACCAUCAUCCUGAAUCAUCUAACAGAGAAGUAGAGCUGCGCCUGGAUUUUAGAGGAAUAUUACAAUAUUGUCACCCUAGAGAAAUAAGCUUUUUAAAUACAUUUGUCGAUGAAGGACAAAAAGAAAUUCUGUUACAUCCGCUAUGUUCCGCUUUUCUCUAUUUAAAAUGGGAAAAAAUUAGAAAGUAUUAUAUAGCAAGAAUGUUAUUUUGUUUUAUAUUUGUGUUAAGUUUAUCAUUAUAUGUAUUAACAGCGUUAGCGCAUAACUGUUAUAACCAUGGUAAGAAUAUGAAUGAUACUCAACCGCAAAAUGUCAUAGAACUUUGUGAAAAGAAAUCAAUGAUGGGUCAUAUGCUUCGAAAUAACCCAUUUGUUAUAGAGAUGCAAUGGUUUGUGCUAGUUGGUAUAACAGGCUGCGAAAUACUUAGGAAACUCUAUGGAUUAGCAGGAUAUCCAUCGGUAAGACAAUAUCUUUCACAUCCUGAAAAUAUAAUAGAAUGGACAGUUAUAGCAAGUGUUUUUGUCAUCUCUUUCAUUUAUACUGGUCGUACCUAUACUUGGCAGAAUCAUGUAGGUGCUUUCGCCGUACUCUUUGGUUGGACUAAUUUAAUGCUAAUGGUUGGGCAACUUCCAGUUUUUGGAUCAUAUGUUGCAAUGUACACGAGAGUGCAAGGCGAAUUCGCAAAAUUACUCUUAGCUUAUUCAUGCCUACUAAUAGGGUUUACUAUCAGCUUCUGUGUUAUGUUUCCAGACUCAUCAACUUUUGCUAACCCAUUCAUUGGCUUAAUUACUGUCAUGGUAAUGAUGACUGGUGAAUUAAGCUUAGAUCUUUUGGUUGAUGAUGAUCCGGAAGAUCCACCAUUUUUAUUAGAAGUUAGUGCUCAAGUUACAUAUAUUUUAUUUUUAUUAUUCGUAACUGUAAUUUUAAUGAAUCUACUUGUAGGUAUAGCUGUACAUGACAUUCAAGGUUUGCAGAAAACCGCUGGUUUGUCAAAAUUAGUUAGACAAACUAAACUAAUUUCUUACAUGGAGCUUGCUCUGUUCAAUGGUUAUUUACCUCAAUAUUUGCUAAAUUUAUUACACUGGACUGCUUUGGUUUCACCGAAAGCAUACAGGGUAGUUUUAAAUGUGAAACCUCUAAAUCCUCGGGAAAAAAGGUUACCAAAAGAUAUAUUGAAAGCAGCACAUGACAUUGCCAAACAACGUAAAAACUAUGGACAUACCAUUUCGUCUAGAGCAAGCGAAAUGACUUACUCAAAAAAAGUUGUUAAUAACAACCUAGAUCAAAAUUCUGAAAUUAUGGAUUGUAAUACAGCGUUACCCCUUUUGCAUAGUAAGAUUGAAAAAAAUAGUGAACAAGUUGAACAUCUAAGCAAAGAAAUUAGAGAACUAAAAAGUGUCAUUGAAUCAAAUCAGAGGCUCGUUGAGCAAUUAUUAAAUACCAUUUUACAAAAUAGAAAAAAUAGUAAAUGUUAGCUUUAAAUUUAAACUGUUCCAAGAAAUUAACGCACCAAAUAGUUAUUUUAAUUUUUUUUGUUGUGUUUAUUUGUUUUGGUACUACUAUCCUCUACGAAUUUUUAGGUCUUUGUACAUAAAAAUUUUAUACUAUGUCUUCCUUUCUGUAAGUUUUCAUUAUAACAUUAAAACCAAAAAAUAUAGAU